CAGUGAAAAAGAAAAGACAGCGUUGCCUCAGACCCGUCCUCCUCUCGUCAACAGCAGUAAGGCAGAGUAAUCUCUGGAACUCUGACUCACCAUGGGCACUGUACUAUCCCUGUCUCCCGGCUCGAGGAAAUCAGGCUACUAUGACAACCGGCCAGGCUCGCUCAGCCACUACCCGAGCUUCAGCAGCCGCUCUCUCAACAGCCAGAAAGACCGCGGGCUGAAGAGGGGCCAGUCCAUCUUCCUGCCGGCGCUCACGUGGAAGCGACUGGUGGCCUCCACGAAGAAGAAGAGCAACUCAAAGAAGGGUUCAGUGACCUUUGGGGAUCCUCUCAACAACAACAACAACAUCAACAUUUAUCAGAAAGACCCUUUGUUGCACCUCAACCGUGAGAAUGUGAAGAAGUCGCUGUCAUGUGCCAACCUGUCCAGCUACGAGGGCCCAGCCGGUCUGGGUCUUGGGCUCGGCUACGGGAUUGGGCUGGGUCAGGGGCACGGAUUUGGCUACAGCAAGUCCCAGCAGCUGUCCUCUGUGAAGAAAGUCCCCCAGAGCACGGUGACCUCGUCCCCAAAGCGAGUCAUCGUCCAGGCCUCCACGAGCGAGCUCCUGCGCUGCCUGGGUGAGUUCCUGUGCUGUCGCUGCUACCGCCUCAAGCACCUGUCUCCCGCUGACCCUGUUCUCUGGCUGCGGGCUGUGGACCGCUCGCUGCUGCUGCAAGGCUGGCAGGACCAGGCCUUCGUCACGCCAGCCAACGUGGUCUUCGUCUACAUGCUGUGCCGAGACGUAGUGGAUGGCGACCUGGUGGCGUCAGAGCACGAGCUUCAGGCCAUCCUGCUCACCUGUCUCUACCUGUCGUACUCCUACAUGGGCAAUGAGAUCUCGUACCCACUUAAGCCCUUCCUGGUUGAGGCCGGUAAGGAGGCCUUCUGGGACCGUUGCCUCGCCAUCAUUGAUGCCACCAGCGCCAAGAUGCUGCGAAUCAACGCAGACCCGCACUUUUUCACACAAGUAUUCGCUGAACUCAAGAGUGAAGGCAGCUGUGGCCCUCAGGACUAUAGUCGGGUGCUGGAUCGGUGAGAGUUUGAGCACUGAUCUCAGCCGACCGCAUGCCUUUUUGUACUCUGAUUGACACGUAUCAUUGCACAUGACACACAAAUCUGUCUCAUACAGAUUUGUCUUCCCCUUUUCUUCUUCUGCUGUUCCUAAGGAGCAAAGAAGGCCUGUUUGACAAAGUUAAGCAGCCAUUUAAUCUAUGUCGUCUCGUCCAUCCACAGAUAGAAAAAAGGAAUUAGAAAUAAUCUCCUCCCAAUAUUUACUUUGAUAAUUGGCUAUCAGAGGCUCCCAGUGGGUUCCUUUUCUUGGAAUUUCCUCCAAAGUUUACUUACAUUGGGGAACCAUUUGGUCCACCUGCCCCUCUGACCUCCUGUGUCUGAUCAAUCCCAGCUGCCCCUAAAGAUCUGCACAGCCAAGCAUCCCUGUAUCCUCGCCCUUCUAUCUGAAAGUGAUCAAUCAAGUAUGAAAAAGAGAUCAAGGAACCAACACAAAGCACCAUCAAGGAUUCCUCACAGUUUUAUUCUGAACAUCUGAGGGGAUUCACAGAAGAAUAAAACGCUGCACUGUUCUUUUCCCGAACACUAUAAGGAGGCAUCUUGACAUCCGCUGCUGGCUAAGCCCUGUGUGCCAGCAAAGAAAAGUGACUCAGACUGAUGGGAACAGCUGAGGAGGUCCAUGUAAGGUCCCGCUGGUCCUGCUGUGCGCUGUGUGAUCACUAAAGCAAGACGAACAGGCAGUGUUUUGUGGAGCCUUUUGAGGGUCGUCUCGCCUGAGGGGACAGUUGCUGUUUUUUUUAUCUCAACUCACUCAAACCUGCCAGCGGACUGUUUCUAUUUUAUCUAAUCUCUGGAGAGUUUCCUCCUGGAAGCAGAACACGGAUUUGAGAUUGACGUGUUUUUUUGUGCGAGAGUAUGCAUGGGCAUGUGUGUGUACGGCAUUGUGCGGGGUGGACGGCAGCCAGGGUCAUCAGCUGUUUACUCCCUCCUUUGUUCGCUGCGUCUUGUUGACAGGGCACCCACAGUCGGGGUAUUAAUGAGAUUAGCCGAUUACUGCUGCCCCUCCCCUCUCUCAACCUCUGCCCCCUUCUAGUCCACUCGGCAGCCCUGCAGAGCUCCAGUGGCUUAUCCAGGUCAGCCGGACUGUAAACACACACACACACACACAUACACAACUUUAAAUACCUUUUUGUGUGCACUUUAUUCUCCUCAAUGCAUGAAUGAAGCAGUGUUUGAUGCACGUGUGCAGCUCUGGGCUCAAGUAAGGGGCAGGAAAGCUUGUUUAUUUCGUUGUUGUUGUCUUUUCUGAAUUUGCCCCAAUUUCUUAUCGGUCACCUGCAUACUCUCAUCUGUUACAAGAGGCUUUGUUUCCUCUCUUAUCCCUCCUCAAACUCCUGCGCCAUGCUAAACUGCUCCCCUGAAUGAGUCAUUGGCAUCUGUGCCUGAGUGCCUUUAAUCUCUAUUUCCCCUUGUUUGUGCACAUCAGAUGUGGUAACAGAUGAGCCUUAGAACUGUCACUGUUACAUUGAAAUAUAUGGAUUUUAAGCAGUAGAUUAGAUUUAAAAAUGGUCCUUAACAAGAACAGGAGCUACCCACCGUUUUGGCUUGUGAACCCUGCAACCUCUGCCUGCUGUCCUGCAUUGCUCAACAUGAUCACCAGUUAACACUAGCUCAGCCAAAGAGGGACUUAUUACUUGUUCUACUUUUUUAUACAGAAUCAUGAAAAAUUUAAGUUGCACAAUACAGUUGUUUAGACACCAUUACUAAUAUUGAUAAUGCCUCAUAUACAGCCUGAAUUGCUCUAGCAAUACCUACUAUUAUGCUAGCUGCUGCACUAAUCCAAUACCAUAAUUUGUUAGCCACAGAAUUGACAUGUUUCUUCCUCUCUUACUAUAGACAGCAGUUAAGAGUAAUGGCACUGCUACUAACAACUACAGUUUACAGCAGCAAAAAAAGAUUAGUUUCAAAAAUAUUAUCAGGCGACGUUAGCAAACAGCGCUGUUGUGCUAGCAGAGAGUGUAACAUUAGGAUAAGCUAGCAAUGGCAGUUUUCCAUCUCACAAUAUGAGGUGGAAUUUUGACUUGUGUAUUCAAAUCUUGGCUCUAAAACAAAUAAAAAACACUUU